GUCAACCGCACUCUACCGAUUCCACGGUUCCACCUACUUCUGUCCCAUCCUUGUCAACGAAACCCUCACCCAGGCACCCAGCCACCCAGCCAACACCGAUUACCACCACCGGACGCCACGCCUCCUCCCCUGGCCAACGCCACCGCCGGCUCGCCUCCCUCACCGGCCAGAGCUCCAACUCUUCGGCCGCGUCAUCUUUGCCCCUUUCCUGCCUCCCCUCGACCCCCUUUCCCUUCGUCCGGUGCUGAGAUCCAGCACGGGUGCGGCGUGGGGAGCCAGAUCCUCUACCUCCACCAGAGCGAGCACGGCGCGGGGCACGACACGAAGGCGGCGGCGGCAGCUGUUGGCGGGAAGAGAAGGUGAGAUGGCGGUGCUUCUCUUCACAGUAAAUGAGAUUUUGAGUUGUACAUGAAAGAUAGUUCAUGAACAGAGCACUAGCCAUCUCAGGUAUCUAUGGUAGAACCACCUUCAGAUGUUAGAUAGUUUGUGAACGGAGCACUAGUCAUGUUGGAUAUGGAUGGCAAGGAAGCACCCUCAGAGGUUUUUGUUGAUCCAUCACGUUCAGCAAGCAACACUGACGAGGAUGAUGAUUGGGUGAUAGUCAAGAAACAGCGGAUCACCAUAUGGAUCCCUCCAUUAUCACCUGCAGCUGCAAUCCUUCAAGCUGGCACGCCCAAAGUAAUUUCUACACAAACUAGCCCGCCAAGAAUGAGCAGGAGAAACUGCAAUACUGCCACAAAAAAGCAACCGAAGCAGGGAGGAGAAUCAUCAUGCAAUCCUGUUGUCCCGGUUGUAAAGUUGGACUGUACCAGACAUGCAGAUCGUGAUUUUCAAAGACUGUCUCAUGAAGACACCGAGAAAGCAACAAGUUCAUUUGGAAACAUCUAUGAGCCGAGGCUGCCCAUUAUUUCUUCAUGUCUUACGAAUAAGAUCUUGCGAGCCCGACUUCUUGAGAGACGGGUUGCUGGGUUUGGCGGGCUGAGGAAUUGGCUUUUCACUUGUGGUCUUGGAUGGUUUGUCAAAAUAUUGGAUAGUAGAAAGAUGGGGGUGUAUCAGAUAGUUUCCCUUACAAUGAACCAGCUGAAAGAGAUGGGCCUUAUUGCUGUAGGACCACGGAGGAAAUUAAUCCAUGCCAUUGAUAAUCUCUGCAAGCCUGGCCAGUCUGAGAUGUUUUGUUGAUCUCAAAUGUAUUCCAGUUGAUUAAAUGUUUUGAUGCUAUUUCAGUAUGGUGUCUGAAGUAGCUUCCUGUUUUUGAUGGAUCAGUGACUUGAGCAUGGAGGAAAUUAAUCCGUACUAUUGAUAGUUUCUGCAAGCUCUGCGAGUCUUCAGUGUUUCUUGAUCUCAAGUGUAUUCCAGUUGGUUAGAUGUUGCGAUGCUGAGUCUGAAGUAGCUUCGCAUUUUCGACAGUUCAGUGACUAUAUCCAUCGGCAAAUCACUACAAAUCACUAGAAUGGUUCAAAGGUUCUGUUGUGACCUAGAUCCAAAGAUGUAACUAGUAUGAUUGUAUGAAAGAGGUUUUGUAUAGAAAAUUAGAAGACACAGAACAGAAGAUAUGUGGUGGCAUCUAAAGCCUUUCUUUCUGUAAGAGCAUGACUGCUUGAGGUAUGAAUUAAACCUCUCCACUGCUUUUUGAUCUGUUAGCAGGAGGUUUUGUGUUUUGAGCAUCGAGCGCUCCUCCAAAACUGGAAUCAAGAUGUGUUAUGUGUCUGCA